AUGAAAAAUCAAGAAAUUUAUCAUAUCAAACUUAUCAACAACUUAUCAAACAACUUAUCAACAACUUAUCAAACAACUUAUCAAAGUUAUUACGCCAAUACUUCAACUAUCCAUCAAUUCAUAAUGUCGCCAUCAUGGUCAAAAGAUAAUAAUCAGAAUGAAGAAUUGCCACCAACUUAUGAAGAAGCUUUACAUACGCCUUCGCCAGGAUCUAGUACAAGCCACCAUCAACAACAUCAAUCAAGUUCACAAUCAUAUAAUAGACCAUCACCACAACCACAUCCUUCUCAAAACUAUUCAUAUACUACAUCAUCAGCACCACCAUCAACUAAUCCUAAUUUACCAUUCGUAUAUCCAAAGGGAUAUCAUUGUCAUAAAUGUAAUAAUACAGGUUAUAAAAUCAAAAAUGGAUUAAGUUGUAAAGAUUGUUGGGAUAAUUUAUCACCAAGAAAUUCUUCCAAGUCAGUAAAACAAAAUUUCCAUCCUCAAUAUUUUGGUUCAACUACUUUCAUACCUUAUACUCCUCCACAACCACAACAAACUUAUUAUCACGCACCACCGCCACCACCAGUUUCAGCUACGCCAUUAAGAGUACCACCAGGUGAUCCAAGAUUAGGUGGUGUAUUAUGUGGAAGAUGUAGAGGAUCGGGAAUGACUAGAUUUUUAUUGGAUAUGGAACUUUGUCAUGUAUGUAAUGGAUUAGGUAGAGUUGUUAAUAUUCCAACUCCAUCACCAAUGAUGCAACAUCAUAGACCAAGUCCUGGACCACAUCAUAGACCUGUUCAUGGUCAUUCACGUCCUUCACAUUCUGGAUUUCGUCCUGAUGUUAAAAGACGAUAG